AAAAAAACGGCUAAGAAAUAACAGGAACAAGCAACAACAACAACAACAUACACUCUCACACAAGUUGCAUCUUUUGCUGCCCCUGUUGCCAAAGGAACCCAGAGGGCAAACAAGAACUUUGAACAACUCUGAUAUCCUGCUGUGAUUGUGUGUGCGCCUGGUGGAUACAUUUCGGGCUUUUUAUGGAGGCUGUUAAGCAUUUGAGUGCCGCUAAGGCAAAUGAGAAGAGCAGCCACCACCAUAAUCUCGUUGGAACCAGCAAAGAAUCCACAACAACAGCGGCAGGAACAGCAGCCUCAGCAGCAACAGCCACAUCGAUUUCUGCACCAGCAACACAAAUUUCACCCACAGCAAUAACGACAACAGGUUCAACUUCUAAGCCAGAAUCAUCCAGUAAAACCUCCAACACAACACCAUCCACUUCACCAGUUUCAAACAACAACAAUAACAACAAAUCAAAUAAUGCUGCCAUGGCUGCCGCAGCAACAGCAACAGCUGCUGCUGCUGUUGUUCUAUCAUUGCAAGGCACAAUGGUUAGCAGUCUACAACAAGCUGCCCUUUUGCCGGCCAAUUCAGCAGCAGCAGCUGCCCUCAAUCUCCAAGCAUUGGAAUCCUAUUUGACUCUACAGCGCUUGACUGGCAAAUCAGAUGUAUUUCGUUUCAACAACACCAGCACCAACAACAACAACAGCAGCAGCAGCAACAACACCAGCCCGAAUGACCAUGAUAAUUGCAAUUUACCUACAUUAAUUGAUAUUGCUAGCAUAGAACUUAAAUCCAGUUGUUCAUCCAGCUCAUCGUCGGCCACAUCCACAGCCACGCCUCCCAACGCCUCCCAGUUAACCCCAACGACCCCAACGGGCAGCAGCACAAACACAACAACAACACCAUCGACAACAACAAAUCGAACAAAAUUACCCUCAAUCGGUACAGUGAGUGCGGCAGCUGCUGCAGUUGCUGCCAAUCAACAGGCAGCAUUAGAUUGUGCCGCCGAAUUGGCUGCAGAAUGUGCCGAUCUUCCUCUACUCGAUGCUGAUGAUGCUCUGUCCUUUGAAGCUGGUGACUUGGAUGGCAGCUAUGGCCAAUUCAUGUUUAAUCCAUCGGCAUUUGGACAAAACGAUGUGGCAGAGGCCAAUGCGUCCUCGUCCUCCUCAUCGUCAUUGCAGGCCACCAUGUAUCAGGAUAAGAUGUCCGUUAUGGCUGCUGCAGCCGGAACAGAUGACUCCAAUGCCGCAACAUCAGCGGCAGCAGCCGCCGCCGCCGCAGCUCAACGUUCGAAGAAACAAUUCAUUUGCAAAUUUUGCAAUCGUCAAUUUACCAAGUCUUACAAUCUACUGAUCCAUGAGAGAACCCAUACGGAUGAGCGUCCCUAUUCGUGUGAUAUAUGCGGCAAGGCUUUCAGGCGGCAAGAUCAUCUUAGGGAUCAUAGAUACAUUCACUCCAAGGAGAAGCCAUUCAAGUGCGCUGAGUGUGGCAAAGGUUUCUGCCAGUCGCGCACAUUGGCAGUACAUAAAAUUCUCCAUAUGGAGGAAUCACCGCACAAGUGUCCCGUCUGCAAUCGCUCGUUCAAUCAGCGUUCGAAUCUCAAGACCCACCUACUCACCCACACGGACAUCAAACCAUAUAAUUGCGCAUCCUGCGGCAAGGUCUUUCGACGCAAUUGCGAUCUCCGACGUCACAGUCUGACCCAUAAUUUGUCGGCCACAGUUGGUGGUGGCAUUGGUGGCAUCGCUGGUGAUUUAUUUGCAACUAAUUCUAGUUCCAACUCCUCCGAUUUGCUGCUUAUCCCUGGAGCUAACUCAACUACAACAAACAAUCUAGCUUCAUCUACAACAACACAAACUGUCUCGUCACGGGAUUUGGUGGCCGUUAGCGAUUGAACUGAUCACAUUUUUAGGUAUAGUUUUAUAUGUAGCAUCUAUCUCUCUCCAUUGCUCUCUUGCUCUCUUUCUAAAAUCUCAUUGGCAAAAUCCCUCCACUAAUUAAAUGAAAUAAAAUGUCUCUCUGAUCUGUGUUUUGAUCUUAUAUACUUUGCCUUUAAGUUGCUCACAGCUUACAUUUUAAAAUUAUU